CCGCGCCGAGCUGGAGGUGCGGGGCCCCCGGCGGCUCCCCACGACCCGGAGCCGCCCGGCUUUGUCCUCCGGCCCGGCGGGGCAGGGGACCUGGCCCGGGGCUUCUCGCGAGCCCGCCCCCAGCCGGGGCGCAGUCAGACCGGACUAGAACGUUUUUUUAAAAAGAGAGAAAAGAGGCGAGGACAGUGUCUGCCUCGCACGAUCACGGAGCCCUGUCUGUCUGCGAAGUUGGUUAUAUUCUAAAACCACCUUGGGGAGAAGCGGAUCCAGUGGUCAGGUCGUGGGAAGGCGAUUUGAAACUUGAGGGCAGUAAAGGAAAAGUUGCUUAGACCUCUGAUCUGAAAAAUGACACUCGCUUUAAAUCACUCAGAUUUUGCUUUAAAAAGACUGUUUCCUUAAAACAUCUCUCUAAAUAGAUGCGGGGUGGUGGUUCUGUGUCAGAAGGGGCUGUGUAGAGGUUUUAACUUUGUUUUAAAUUGUUAUUGGAAAGAGGAAAUUGUAUGAGACUGAUUUCUGUAAGAAAUCAGAGAUGGAGAUGGAAAGUAAGUGGUUAAUUUCCAGCCGAGAAAAGUAACAUCGUGUGUCCUGAUGUUUAUGAAAACAGUGCCUUAGCAGUGGUGGGUGUUAGAGACCCUUUAAUAAAACUUCCCGAAUAUUGAACACCUCACUGCCAGGAACAGCGUCUGGUGCUUUAUAUAAACCAUUUUAUGUGCAUAGGAAUAUUGGUUCCUGUAAUAUUUAUUAUCUGCCUACUAGGAAAAGAACCAGUGUUCAGAGAGACUUGUUCAAGGUCUUGUGAUUUUAAGUGAUAACACUGGCAUUGCAUCCCAAAAGCUGCGUCCUUUGCUCUGUGACGUUCAAGUCUGAGUAUCAGAAUCAACUGGGGAAUUAUUUUGUUUUUGUUGUUGUUGUUGCUGCCGUUAGAGAUGGAACCAGGGCCUCACACAUUAAGGAAGUAGUCCACUACUGAACUAUAUUCCUUCCCUCCCUCCCAUGCCCACCAGUGUUUUUAAAUGUGGAUUUGUAAGAUUAUCUCUUCCUCCAUUACUUGGUAGGGCCAGUGUCACCUUAAAAAUGUUAGUCUCAGUUUUAACCUCUGACUUCCAAAUUCUUUUUUUUUUUUUUUUUU